UCGAGAGCUAGGGGGGAGAUGAAGUGUGCGUUGCUGAUGCGAGCCCUCUGUAGUGGCCCCGUUGGCGGCGUUUCACUAGCCGUGUUUCUCCUCGCCUGGCCUGAUAAGAAGUACCUUCCCGCUUUGGAGCGUCGGGCCUGGAGUGAUGUUGACUUUGUUGGCGCCUUUUUACUGUAAGUCGUCUCUGUCACCCUGUUCCCGUCCCUCAUCUAUACCGCCCCAUUACCCAUGGAUAUUCUCCAACCACUAACCGCUAACCCCCAAUUUUCCUUC